AGUGCAGAAUAUGAACUAACCUGCUUCAUGUGCUUGCAGAUAUAUUCCUAUCCAGUUUCUCUCAGCUGCUCACACAGCUUCUGUCUCAAAUGCAUCCAAGAUCACUUUAAAUACAGAGAUGACACAGAAAAAUACUCCUGCCCAGAAUGCUAUGCCAAGUUUGAAGAGAAACCAAGGCUGCUGAAGAACACUGACCUUUCUGAGCAGGUGCUUCAUCUGGUAAGGGGCCGUGAACAAAGUGUUUUCUGUGACUACUGUUUGGAGGAGGAAGCUCCUGCAACAAUGAGCUGCCUGCAGUGUGAAGCCUCCUUCUGUGUGGCACACCUUCGUCCUCACAAUGAGAAGGCCUACCUUCAGAGUCACGUCAUGGUCGAGCCAAGUGAAAUGAUGGCAUUGCGGAGAUGCAAGGUGCACAGGGAGAUGCUGAAGCUGUUUUGCCGUGAUCACCGGACAUGUAUCUGUACACUUUGCAGCCUUGUAGGUGAGCACAAGCAGCACGCGGUAUGCACAGUUGAAGAAGCAAAGAUGGAAGAAGAGAAUGCGUAUUCAGCCUUCCAUGAGCAGGCUGUUCAUCAUUAUAAAGGCAUUAAGGCUGUACUUGAAGAGGAUGAAGUGUUGACACUUCGGUUCAUUGAUUCGGAACGGCAAGUUGCGAUAAAUUUCAUUGAAAGCCAAACCAAACAAAAAGUCGAAGAACUGGAUGACAUCGAGCGAACUAUACAGCAGAUCCAUAUCAUUUUAAAUCAGACAGAUGCUGUAAGGUUUCUGAAGGGUUCCAACUGCAACUCACAUAGAAUCCAGUCACUGCUGAAGAGGCCAGAGGCUCCCAUUUAUGAAACAACUGUUGAUGAAGGAAAACUUUCAUCCUUAAUGAAGACCAUAAUUAAGCUGUCAAAUAGUUUAACAAAGCAAGGGAGCUGUGUCAGGAAAGCACUUUUGUCCUAUGCAACUACAAUCACAUUGGAUCCAGCCACUGCAAACGAGCAUCUGAUUCUAUCCGAAGAUCGAACGAUCGUGAGGUACACAGAUGAGACACUUAAGGCUCCAUAUGGUCCCAAACGAUUCGAUGAUACUUUGUAUGUUAUGGGCUCUGAAGGGUUCAAUUUUGGCCGUCACUACUGGGAAGUCAUCACCCGAAGCAAAACAGACUGGGAGAUUGGUUUGGCAUAUGCUUCUUUGCCCAGGAAAGGGAAAACCUGGCUGGGAAGAAAUAAUAGUUCAUGGUCUCUGGAAUGUAACGGAGACCGCUGUAUGGUUUGGCACAAUAACAUCUCCAUAAGAGUGAGUAUUAAUUACAAGCUAGAACGAGUUGGUGUUUAUCUGGAUUACACGGGAGGGACGAUAGCUUUUUAUGAUGCUGAAAAGAUAUCUCUCCUGCAUUCCUUUCACAAUAAAUUCACUGAAGCAAUUUAUCCUGUACUAAAUCCUUGCAACAGUAAAGGAGGAAACUUUGCUCCUUUAACAGUUCUGCAGCUCAAGGGCCUUCUGUAG